AUGGACGCAUCAUCACCGCUGUUUGAUCUCCGAGAACUUGGUCCCCCAAGUCAUUACGAAGAGCCCGUUGAACCACCGGACGGCGCUCUGUUAAUGGAAAUGAUCUAUCAGUAUUUCAACGAGCAACCGCCGAAAUCCCCAACAUUACAUCCAACUCCCGUCGAGUCGGAAUUUUCUUCGAUCAAAAAAUGGGCAGCCUCGCUCGAAGACUUCGAGGCCUCCCCGGCUGAUUUGGAGUUUCCGGACUUGGACGAACUUGAUGGAUCAUGGCCGGACUCGAUCCCAUCUCCAUUGGGAUCAUCGUCCAGCGAGUACUCGAACUCCACUGUUUCCGGUCGCCCUGAGACUCCACCGUUGACUAUGGCUGUCCAUGUUAGUCCGCUAAGGGUACAGCAAGACGCGCUCGGGCUUGAGUUGUCGAAACGGACUCUUUCCUCUGUACCGGCCAAUCUUAAUCUUAAUCGUUCAAACCGGAAGAGUUCUGUGUUUACGCCUCAGCUCGGAGUCUCUUCCAUGCACGCUCACGCACAAGCAUCCCAGUCUGUGCCGCCUGCAGUUCUCUCGGAAUUAGAAUCGUGCACUCCGGAGGAGAGACAAGCUGCCCAUGUCGGGAGUCUGAUGAGAGCGAAGGAUGCGCCGAAGGAGACUUCCAGCCGGUAUUCAACUCCUGUUACCAGGCCGAAUACGGAGUAUGUCCGCCGGGCCAGAUCGCAGACGUCUCCGACGGCAGACAGGUUUUCGAAAGCGUUACCGCCUCCCCCAGCGAUGAUCCAUCGUCGACUCGAGUCCAUCAGUCGGAAGAGAGCUAGCCGACAAUCGAUCCACGGCCAGCUUCCGAGUCAAGAACAGAGCGAGGCAGAAAUGGAAAGGGCCUUGUUGAGGAUCAAGAGGCAGUGGGAGAUCGAGCAGGGGGUCACUUCUCCCCCGCUCAAGAAAGAGCCGAACUUGAUUUCUGGAUUCAAUCCUCGGCCAGAGAGCAGGCAUGUUUGCUUCCAGGUCCAGGAGGAGUCGGAAGCAGAAAGGGCUCCAGAGCCGGUCAAACGGGCCCCCGUUGCAGCCGUGGUCGCCCAUCCGGAAGUCCCCUCCCCGGUACCAAGGAAGUCGGAAAUCCAAACUCCGAAUGUCGUUGCUCAGCUUGAGAAGCAGGCCCGACGGACCUCUCAAGUUCGCAGACAGUCCAAAUUCAAAAUCCUGUCCCCCCUGAAGAAGAAAUUGGAUGUCGCACAGCCAGUCAGUUCGGUGCUAGAAUCUACCCCCAGCCAAGGAUUGCGGCUCACCCAAGGCUUCUUCUCUGGACCACUUGGGAUGCACAUCAAGAUGACAAGGCGGGUAAAGGCUUUUUCGAAAGUCGAGUGGAUCGUUGAGGGUGAAAAUGGCGCGACGUUGCUCAAGUGUUUCGGACAGUCCAAGUCGACAAGCCGGCAGACUGAAUUUCGCGAUGCCGAUGAUGGUCAGAUUUGCCAGUUCCGAAAGAAGAGUGGUAAUACCAUGGUUGCUCAAACGCCCGACGGCAUAAUGUUAUUCACCAUCAAGAGCGGCUCGAUUUAUUCAAGUCCCAAUUUCACAAUAAAUCACGGCAGUGAUCUCAGUGCAGGGCAAUGGAUAGCCAAGGGCGGCGAUGACAUGGAGAGUUUGCGGGCGACCUGGCGCGGCUUCCAAGUCGGCCGCAUCUCGCUCGAGUCGAAGCUGAAGAAGCACACCUACGUCUUGGAAGUGGCCCCGGACGUGGACUACUGUAUCAUGGCGGCGCUGACGAUCGUCUUUGACGACUUGCGGAUGGAUAGGGGCUGUUGA